UCAUGCUACUGUAAAUGUAUGAUCUGCAGAAUCUAGAUCUAGCGUAGCCUAUAUGAUGCCUACCACUCACAUGUGGGUGGUCCACUGAGCAAGGGGCGUGUUCGACUGUUUCACCCCUCCUACCCCCACCGCUCUCCUGGAGCAUGCUUUAAUAGAGAAAGUAUGCAAUGUUCAUAUAUGCUCCAGCUCCAACCCCCAUCAUACUUCAACUGGGGUAUUCGUGACCAAACGAGGAUACGGCAGACAAACGUACCAAUCACGGCUAAGUCUGCCCCUCCCUAACCCUCUCCCCUGAGGCCUGAGCUCUGGGCAUCCAAGCCCACACCCCCAUUUCACUUCGCUGGUGGACAGACACAGGGAUGAGCAACAGUGGGACCAAGGAGCCGUCACCACAGCCAGGAGUGGCCCAAUCACCUGCCUCCACACCUCCACGCAGGGGCCGGGGACGCCCACGAAAACAACAGCAGGAGCCCACUGGCCCCCCAACCCCAAAGAGACCCAGAGGACGACCCAGAGGAAGCAAGAACAAGGGGCCUCGUGCCACACCCAAGAAUGUAGAGCCAGUCGGGGAGAGAAGACCUCGGGGCCGGCCAAGGAAAUGGCCCCAGAAAGUAGUUCAAGAGGUAAUCCAGGAACAGCAGAGUCCUUCAGAAGAAACUGAGGGCCCCUCACAGUCACAGUCUCUGUCCGCUGAGGCUUCGCCAUCUCAGGCUCCAGCCCAGGAAGUGGCAAAGGGGGAAUAGACAAUGUGCCACAAAACUACCUCAAGGUUUGGGCAGAGACAAAGAGGUGUACAAUCCAACCUCCAUUGUCAUGAGGAUUCCAAAACAACAGAUAAUAGCCCUGCUUUGUAGAACUGUAUGCCUGAUGGUGGUAUUGUGAUUGGCGUCUGUCCAGCACUGAGGCUGGGUCAAUGAUGGGCAUAGCUUUGGUCAGUUGAUUGAUUACUUAGGAUUCGGGUCAGUGGGUGGGGCUGUUCAGAGAUUGGUUGAUGUGUGUGUGUGCGUGUGCAUGCGUGCGUGUAUGCGUUUGUGGUGUUAAUGGUGGUGGCAUGGUGGGGAGUUUUUUUUUUUAAAGGAUGCAGCUGCUGUCAUCAAAUUUGACUGACAUUUCAAAACACAUUACCGGGACAAGAUUCAUGACCCAUUUGACACUAUUGUCACACAGGAGCUUGACUCAAACGUAAUUGUCUGUCCUGAUUGUGAAGAAACACGGGGAUAUUUUGUUAGAUAUACGUUGGAAUGGGAAUACAUGAACAUGAACAGAAUUAAGUCUGAACUCAACAGUGACAUGACAUCACACAUCAGGUUUUGUUUUUACUACAUUGCUCUAACCACACUUAUUAAAACCUUAGAGGGCCAUACUUGCGAACAUUAGAACACGUUUUUGUUUAAGUUUAAGCGUCUGUCAAUAUGUCAUUCUACAUUUCAAAGGAAAAAACAUUAUCUCACCUGGGAUUCAAACUUGCCGCAAACGGUACCAGGAGCCAGGCUGGCUCCACUGUGAGCUCAUUGUCCACUUGAAGUUGCUUGUGUGUUUUAGUAACUCUGAAUAGCAGAUCCUGCCAUUUGACUUCUGUUAAGGACGCUUCCAUGGACAAGUGUUGGAUCAUGUCCAAAUACGUAUUUUAAUUAGCUGAUACGGAAUUUCAACCAGACAUAAAUAUACAUAUAUACAGCCACCUGGUGAGCUAUACAGCCACCUGAUGAGCUUAGCAUGUGCCAGGUUAUGUAAUGGGAACAGCUAACAUGUAGCCUUUGAUCACGUACAACUACAUCAACGAUUUUAAUUGGCUGAUGCUUAAACUUAAACUUGUUCUAAUGUUCACAAGUAUGGUCCCCAGGGAUUUUUUGCCUUAAUAUAGCUAUGCACAUAGCUAUUCAGGUGUGAUUCAUGUGUCAUUCUACUCAGUUAUGAUAUUAUUCCAUUUUUAUUGUGUAUUUCUGAUCUGUUUUUGACAUUCACAAUAUUACUUGACACACAUAAACCUCAUUAAGACCUUAACUCACCUCAGUCCCUUUGCCUUUCAGUCUACCUCAGUCACAGAAAAGCAGAGGAGAACUCUUUAUAACCUCUCCCCGUACCAAAAAAAACUAACAAAGACACACACACACACACACACACACACACACACACACACACACACACACACACACACA